GUGCUAAUGCAAUAUAUAGCAUUAUAAUGGCUAUGUCAAUGUCACAUUUCAUGUUUGUAAAUAAACUUUUAAUAACAUGAAAUGCACUUCCAAGAAACUAUACUCAAUUCGCGCAUCUUCACUAACUUCAGUCUACUCUCCACUUACUACCAUCGUGUUAUUGUGUUUUCCAUUUCGUCAGUCAUAUACACGGUGGACAUUAAUAAUUAUACGUGUUGUUAUUCAUUAAAAAAUAAUAAAACGAUUUCUAUUUGCUAUUUGUAAUUUUAUGUUGUAAAAUACAGUAUACAUUUAUUAAAAUAUCUAUGUAUAUAAAUUUAUGAACAUCUAAAAUAUUCAGUACCAGCAUCUCUUUUAGAGUCGACGAAGAAAACAGGGCAGAUUAUUUUUUUAUGCUUAUCAAAGUGGUUUAAAAAUAAAAACUUUAACAAUGUCUAUGCGUCCAGAUGAUCAUAGAAGAAAAUGGAACAGGGAGGAGUACGAAAGAAUAGCACUUCAGCGUCUCCAGGAUGAAAUUGCUGAAGAAGAGUUGGGUAUUCCAAAACAACCAGCUGUAAAAAGAGAAUUGCUCAAACAACGAGACUACAAAGUUGACCUUGAAUCCAAACUAGGGAAAAGUGUUGUAAUAAAUAAAAAUACACCAUCUUCCCAAACUGGAGGGUACUAUUGUAAUGUCUGUGACUGUGUUGUGAAAGAUUCAAUUAAUUUCUUAGACCACAUCAAUGGAACAAAACAUCAACGUAAUUUGGGUAUGUCAAUGAAAAUUGAGAGAUCCACACUGGAACAAGUUAAAGCACGUUUUGCAAUGAAUAAAAAGAAGCUGGAAGAAAAAAAGAAAGAUUAUGAUUUAGAACAAAGAGUAAAAGAAUUAAAGGAAGAGGAAGAAAAAAUUAAAGAAUAUAGAAAAGAGAAGAGAAAAGACAAAAAAAGAAAAAUUGAAGAAGUUAAUGAAGACAAUGGUGGGCCUUCUGAUGAAAUGGCAGCAAUAAUGGGUUUCUCAGGUUUUGGCUCUAAAAAAAAGUGACAGUGAAGCAUUAUCGGAUUAUUUCUGAAAAAUGCCUUUUGGACUUUAUUUUUAGAGAAGAUUACAGUGUUAGGUGUUCAUUUCUGGUGAAAUGUUUGAUUUAACAAUUAACAUUGAACAUUACAAGAUCGGGGAUAAAUAAGACUGAUCUUAAUAAAAACGUUGGUCUUUGAUAUAAAUAUUUAAGUUUACAACACGUUCAAUAAAUUUAAUUUAUGCCCAUUUUCUUGUAUGAUCAAUGUUUCAAGGAUACAGAUACUUUUUACAUCUGUAUGUUACAUAGUGAGUAACGAUUACUUUCUUAAAUACCAUGAAAGUAUGUUGAUUUAGCAAAUAAAGUGAAAUUUAAUAUUAAACAACAAAACUAUUAUGAAAGUUAUGUGAAGUAGCAUUGGCCUUAUAAAUCACUUAUUGUCAAUCUAUUUUAGAAUUAUUGCAAUGCUAACAAUUAAGCUUUCUGAAAUGUAUCUAUUUACAGUUUUUCUGGACCACUGAUGCAACAAAUAUUAUUUAAGCGAUAUCUCAAGCGAUUUGUCAAUAAAAGAAGUGUAAGAUUUUAUAAACAAGCAAUAUCUGUGGUUUUAUCUCUA